UUCAAACGUGUGAUCGGUUCUGCGGCCGGGCCCCAGGGCGCAACUCCCUGGGGUGUGUAUGUGUGUGUCAAGUGCCCCACGCACUCCUGUGCGUCUGCCCUAGCGUCAUGGCCUCGCCAGCGACAGCCCUGCUCUUGCCGCUGACCCUGUUGCUGCAAGUCGCUGCGGCCGUCCCGCAAAGCCAGUUUCGGAUGUCACCGCCCAAGCUGGAGGUGCGUCCGGGGGACAGCGUGAAACUGAGCUGCGAGGUGUUGCUGCCCAACGCGGGAUCAUCCUGCUCGUGGGUGUUCCAGCCGCGCGAAGUCGGAGCCAGUCCCAUCUUCCUGCUGUACAUCAGUGCAAAUGGCCUUAGGCUGGCCAGCGAGAUGGAUUCCAACCAGAUCUCUGGCAAGCGCGAGCGCGACAAAGUCUUCGUCCUCAGUCUGAAUAAGUUCCAAGAGGAAAACCAAGGCUACUACUUCUGCUUGGUUGUGGGCAACCCCAACUUGCAUUUCAGCCCCUACAUUCCUGUCUUCCUGCCAGCCAAGCCCACCACGAGGCCGGCGCCACGACCGACCACGGCGGCGCCCAUCACAGCACUGCAGCCCCGGAGUCUGCGCCCAGAGUUCUGCCGGCCCUUCGGGGGCGCCGCAGGGGACUCCAGGGGGCUGGACCUCACCUGUGACAUUUACAUCUGGGCGCCUUUGGCCGGGACCUGCGCGGUUCUUCUGCUGUCCCUGAUUAUCACCAUCAUCUGCAAUCGCAGGAAGCCACGGCGUGUCUGCAAAUGUCCCAGGCCCGUGGUGAGACCAGGAGGCAAGACGAGCAAGUCUGACAGAAUCGUGUAACACGUGAUGGGCCCACGCGACAGCCACUACACUUCAAGCUGAGAGCUCUCCUUACAAGGGGAGCAAGUCCUUGUCCUUUCCCUGUCCACCCUGCCAUGUAUCCAUUGUUUGUUAUUUCCGUAAGGGUGGGUGGUGGGAAGGGUUAUGCUAUGUGUUUACUCUGAUGGCUGCUUUGCACACAUACUGACUGUGGUCAAGGGUGGGGAGGGGCAGGUCAGAGCCAUCCAGGCAGGAGCUGUGUUCUCAGAAGCACGCUGGGGGCUGACAGCAACCUGAGCCACCCACACAGUGAAGCCCCCGCCUGCCUGCAUGUGGCAGCUGAAGCCCAGAGAAGGGUGGAGACGGCAUGUUCAGAGUCACGCAGCCAGCAAGACAGGGCUGGAGCCCCAGCUGAGAACGUGUCUCCCCAGCUUAGCGCUCUUUCCUUUAGAGUUUCACGAUGUUGCUCAGCAUGGACAAGACCUCUUUAGGACCAGACCUGAGACACUGCAUGGGCAGCAGAGACUGCUAAAAUAGAGUAGAAUCUUGGGAAACAAAUUCCACUGCCUCUGUGAACCUCCCAUGCAGGCCAGACUGCUCUCCCAGCUCUCGCCUGCAGGGGCACCUGUUCAGGGGGAGGAAUCCCCAAGUACAACUUUCAGUAAAGCUUGUCCCUCGGCUCAAGACCCUUGCUGACUCCUGGCAUUGCUGUGGAAUUCAAGCAGAAUUGUUGGAGGGUUCCCCAUGCAGGCCCUGCUCUCCUCCACCGCAGGUGCCCAGUGGGGCAGAACAGGCUGUGAUACCAGCAAUGUGUGCUCUUCCUAAAAUGAUACAGACUCACCCACACUUGUGUUUACGUCAGGGAUAACUCACUGCUACUGUGAUGGUGUUUUCUUACAAUAUUCUAUGCAUCUAUGUAUGGUACCUUCUUUUUUCAUUUUUUUCUAUGAGGCUUUUAAUAAACCAUUAUGAAUCUUGUUUAAUGG